CUCGUCAACGUGGACCUCGGCCCCGCCGCGGUGCUCGGCGCGUCAGUCAUGACCUCCGCCAUCGCGCUCUACCAGGUCCGGGCGUCCAGGCCGGAGGUGUCCAGGGACCAGGACGUCUUCUUCUCCUCCGUCGGCCUCCUCUGCGGCGGCAUCCUGGUGUUCCAGGGGUGGAGGCUCGACCCGCUCAUGCUCUUCGGCCAGCUCCUCACCGCGGGCACCGCCGUCGCCUUCGCGUCGGAGGCUAUCGGACUGCGCCAG